AUGCCACCUCCACGGGUAGAUGAUGAAGCUCCCUUCCAGGAGUACGGCGACAACAGCCACCGAAACUCCAGCAAUGGCACCCACGACGAAAAGGUGACGACCGGCGAGCGCCGGGCGUCUACAGCUGCCCUGCUACGCAACCCCUUGAUGGGGCUGAGCAGAGACCAGGUUCUCGCUGACGUUGAUGCCUUUGUCGAGGAGAAGGGCCUGCAAGAGCACCGCGAGGAUUUCCGCAAGGGAGCUCUCGUCGCGCAAGUCAACAACCAGGCUGGCGCCUUUGAGCGGAUUGAUAUGCUCACGGAAGAGGAGAAAGGUAUUCUUCGAAAGGAAGAGACUCAUCGUUGGCACCAGCCCUUUGCACUUUACUUUCUCUGUACUCUCUGUGCGGGAUCAGCUAUUGUGCAAGGUAUGGAUCAGACGACAGUAAACGGAGCCCAGGAAUUCUACUUUGUAGAGUUUGACAUCACCAAUGUUUGGAUGAAGGGAUUCACCAAUGGAGCUCCCUACCUCUGCUCUGCCCUCAUCGGAUGCUGGACCAGUCCCAUUCUAAACAAGUGGACUGGACGUCGAGGAACAAUCUUUAUCUCUUGCCUUAUGUCUACUGUUACUGGCUUCUGGAUGGCUGCGUCUACAUCUCUUGGAAACUUUCUUGCUGCUCGUUUCAUGCUCGGGUUUGCCGUUGGCGCCAAGUCUAGCACUACACCUGUGUACUCUGCAGAGUCUACGCCUAAGAACAUCCGUGGCGCACUCACUAUGAUGUGGCAGGCAACCUUCCAAAACGUCACAAUCAUCGGCGGUGAAACAUCACCCUGGCGUUGGAUGAUGGCAUCCACCUCAGUCCCCCCUCUCAUCGUCAUGCUUCAAGUCUACUUCUGCCCCGAGAGUCCCCGCUGGUACAUGGAAAAGGGCCGCUUUGACAAGGCCUACCGAUCAGUGAGGCGACUGCGCUUCUCUGGUGUCCAGGCUGCACGAGACAUGUACUAUGCCUACAAGUUGCUUGAGAUUGAACGUGGUGAGCGAGAGGGACGGAACUUGCUCAAGGAGUUCUUUACUGUUCGUCGAAAUCGACGUGCGGCUCAGAGUGCUUGGUUUUGCAUGUUCAUGCAACAAUUCUGUGGUGUGAACGUCAUUGCAUACUAUUCGACUUCCAUCUUUCAAAACGCCAGCUACAGUCUGUCCGAGGCUCUCCUCGUGUCCAUGGGCGGCGGCAUCAUCAACUUCCUGUUUGCCAUCCCGGCAAUCUACACGAUUGAUACUUUUGGCCGCCGCAAUCUGCUGCUGGUCACGUUUCCUCUCAUGGCAGCCUGUCUCUUCUUCACCGCCGGGACAUUCCAGAUCGACGCGGGCAACGCCUACAGUCAAGCCCGAAUCGGUUGCAUCACCACAGGGUUAUAUCUAUUCAUGGCCGUCUACUCGCCCGGUCUAGGUCCAGUGCCAUUCACGUACAGCGCUGAAGCAUUCCCUCUUCACGUACGAGACAUUGGCAUGGCCUCCAGUACCGCCAUAACAUGGGGAUUCAACUUCAUCAUCAGUCUCACAUGGCCACCCCUGACGGAGAAAAUCACAGAUACUGGUGGCUUCUGUUGGUACGGAGCAUGGAACAUCUUUGGCUGGAUUUUCUGCUACUUCCUCCUCCCAGAGACAAAGAACCUGACUCUGGAAGAACUCGAUAACGUGUUCAACGUCACCAACCGGGAGCAUGCUGGGUACUACAGCAGGAAGCUGCCCUGGUAUUUGAAGAAGUACCUCCUCCGCCAAGAUGUCCUUCCUUUCCCUCCUUUGUACGAGUUUGCGGCCAAUGAUGGGUAUUAUCCCAACGAGAAGCCGUCUACACGUCAUGCGGAGAACUACACCACCAGGACAAACUCUGAGGACGACCAAGUCCUGGCUGGGCGUAAUUAGAUAAAACGCUCGGGGGUCAAGGUUGACAACCAUCAACGCGUUCUCACAUGAGUUUCCUACAUGUAUUUGUAUCACUGAGGGCAGUGGGCUAAAAUGCCCUGGCUGGGAGGAUUGAACUUUGGAUUGAUGCUAUCUCGAGGCUGGUAUUGACCAGUUGUUUUGCAUGCAGUCGGGAAUUACGGUUGUUUAGUUAUGAUAGCGAAUGAAACAAGAUAACCACAGUUUCUUUUUCUUCAUUUCAUGUCGUUUGCUUGGUCGCUGU